AUGGCUUCUUCAACUCAAUUUUCUACCACUUUGAUAGCCCUAAUUCUGCUUCAUUACCUAAUAGGUUCAUAUUCAACGACGUUCACAAUCGUUAACAAGUGCAGUUACACAGUUUGGCCAGGAAUUUUAUCCGGCGCCGGAACAUCACCGUUCUCCACCACCGGUUUUGCUCUUCAACCAGGUGAAACCAAUUCUCUCGCCGUACCACCUUCAUGGUCCGGCCGCCUCUGGGGACGAACCCUCUGCUCACAAGAUUCCACUGGGAAAUUCUCAUGCAAAACUGGAGAUUGUGAUUCCUCCACCAUCGAAUGUGCAGGCAAAAACGCCAUACCUCCUGCUUCCUUAGCGGAGUUCACUCUCAACGGCGCCGGAGGACUUGAUUUCUUCGACGUCAGUCUCGUCGACGGUUACAACCUCCCUAUACUAAUCGAACCACAUGGACAAACCGCUGGAGGAAACUGCACGGCGACGGGUUGUUCUGUCGACUUAAACGCGGCCUGUCCAACAGAACUGAAAGUGAUGAGUAGUGACGGCGGUGUAGAGAGCGUGGCGUGUAGAAGCGCGUGUGAAGCUUUUGGGGAUCCACAAUAUUGCUGUAGUGGCGCCUACGGUUCGCCAGAUACAUGUAAACCAAGCUCCUACUCGCAGUUUUUCAAGAGCGCGUGUCCACGCGCUUAUAGUUAUGCUUAUGACGAUGGAUCUAGCACUUUCACGUGUGCCUCUGCAGAUUAUACCAUCACUUUUUGCCCAACACUUUCCACAGGUUCAAUCAAAUCUGGGGACGAGAAAUAUCCAAUACCGGCGGGCGAUGUGUCUGGUGUCCAACGCGUAGAUAAGAGAAUCAACAACAUAGUGACUAUUGUUGUUGCGUUUGUUUUGAUGGUCUUGGUGGUUGACCGGUUGUGGUAG